AUGAUUGUGGCGGUUAGUUUCUGUCUUUCGCAAUUUUGUAAAGAAUUAGCAGAAGCUGGAGUUGAUCCUGAGCAAAUUGAUACUUAUACCAAAUUACCAGAUAUUACGAUAGCUUCUAACAAAAUUCAGAAGAGGAAGCUUGAAUGGGGAUUAAUCAGUCGACCUAAAAUACCUAAAUACUUCUCCUUAGAAGAGGAGCUUAGAAGACUUCAGAAUAUCUGUACCACUGAGACCCCUACUCUACAAAAUCUUGCAGAUAUGAUCAUGAUGUUAAGCAUGAGACCCGCUGAAGUAACUACUCUUCGCAUUAUCCAUUAUGAGCCUGAUGAAUCAAAUCCUCUGGAAUGGUAUAAUCCCAAUUACUCUUGGUAUUGUACUGG